AUGUGGGAAGAUGGUUAUGGUGGUUAUGAUUAUUGUGAUGAUGGUGAUUAUGAUACAGAUGGUUAUGGUGGUUAUGAUUAUUGUGAUGAUGGGGAUUAUGAUACUGAUGGUUAUGGUGGUUAUGAUUAUUGUGAUGAUGGUGAUUAUGAUACAGAUGGUUAUGGUGGUUAUGAUUAUUGUGAUGAUGGGGAUUAUGAUACAGAUGGUUAUGGUGGUUAUGAUUAUUGUGAUGAUGGGGAUUAUGAUACUGAUGGUUAUGGUGGUUAUGAUUAUUGUGAUGAUGGGGAUUAUGAUACAGAUGGUUAUGGUGGUUAUGAUUAUUGUGAUGAUGGGGAUUAUGAUACAGAUGGUUAUGGUGGUUAUGAUUAUUAUGAUGAUGGGGAUUAUGAUACUGAUGGUUAUGGUGGUUAUGAUUAUUGUGAUGAUGGGGAUUAUGAUACAGAUGGUUAUGGUGGUUAUGAUUAUUAUGAUGAUGGGGAUUAUGAUACAGAUGGUUAUGGUGGUUAUGAUUAUUGUGAUGAUGGGGAUUAUGAUACUGAUGGUUAUGGUGGUUAUGAUUAUUAUGAUGAUGGGGAUUAUGAUACAGAUGGUUAUGGUGGUUAUGAUUAUUGUGAUGAUGGGGAUUAUGAUACAGAUGGUUAUGGUGGUUAUGAUUAUUGUUAUGAUGGGGAUUAUGAUACAGAUGGUUAUGGUGGUUAUGAUUAUUGUGAUGAUGGGGAUUAUGAUACAGAUGGUUAUGGUGGUUAUGAUUAUUAUGAUGAUGGGGAUUAUGAUACUGAUGGUUAUGGUGGUUAUGAUUAUUGUGAUGAUGGGGAUUAUGAUACAGAUGGUUAUGGUGGUUAUGAUUAUUGUUAUGAUGGGGAUUAUGAUACAGAUGGUUAUGGUGGUUAUGAUUAUUGUGAUGAUGGGGAUUAUGAUACAGAUGGUUAUGGUGGUUAA